CGCCAUUAUUGAGCUCACUCUCCACUCACUCAUGUGAACUCCUAGCUAUAAAUGGGCACCUAAAUUCAUCAGUCAUCUUCAUCUUUCAACCUACCAUCACCUACUACUACUAUACUCUGUGCUUUGAAAUUAAAGAUGAGUUCAAAGGCGGUGUUUCUUUUCCUCGCCGUCGCUUUGGCCGUUUUCCUCGUGAUCGGCCUCGAAGUCUCGGCCAGAGAACUGGCCGAGACUAGCCAUGACAACGGUGCUUACUUGGGCACUAAUGGCUAUGGUCACGGCGGGCAUGGACACGGCGGCGGCGGGCAUGGACACGGUGGCGGACAUGGCGGUUCUGGACAUGGUGGUCAUGGACAUGGUCACCCGCCUGGUCAUGGUGGAAGUUGCGGAAAUUACGGGUGCUGCGGUGGCGCCCAUAGUAACGGGCAGUGCAUAAGGUGCUGCUCUUAUAAGGGGGAGGCCGUAGAUGUGGCUGAGCCGUAAGCCAAUUGAGCUUGAGAACUAAAACGCUAUCCGUGCAUAAGUUGCAAAUGCACAUAAAAAUGUAAUAAUGUAGUGGAGUUGUACUUCUCUACGAUAUUUAUGUUCUAAAUAAUUAAGAUAUGUGACUCGGUGUUAUAAUCCUAUUUUCUAUUUACAGUUGAGAAAUUAUCGAGAAUAAGAGUAAAAUACACAUAAAUUAAAAAAUGCUACUUAAUAUGUUAGAGGUAUGUUUUAUUUUUAAAAUACUAGUAAGAUUUGGUAGUCAUAUCAAAAUAAAUUAUCAAAACUUUCCAAUAUAGAACUCAAUGCGUGGUGGUUUAACAAGAAAAUAAUGACACUCUUAAUUGAGAAUUCUUUAAGAAGAAAUCAAUUAGACUCUUGAUUUCAGAAUAUACAAGUAUGUUAUUUUUGCUUUGUAAGAUCAUUUGUGGUGGUCAAGAGUCCAAAUUAUUAAAUUUGGACUCCGUUCAUAUGAAACAGUGUUUUGACUCCGUCAAUAAUGUUUUUUUCUACAUCUGUGCAUCGUCGAUAAAAUACACUCUGCAAAUUUUUUAUAUAUCAA